AUGCAUACCUCGUUCACAGGUAGCACCCGGAAGACACGCCAGGUCAAUCUUUCUGGCCGCAAUGCUACAAAUCCAUGGGCUGCACUGAACAAGCCCGGCGCGGCCAAGCCGUCUUCCACAGGUCAUGACGCUGUUGCACAGGCCCAGGCCGAUCGACUGAAGAGGCAGCAGGAUAGAGAAAGGCAGACUGCCUCAAGAAGUAUCCAAAGGCUAUGGCGCGGUCACGCUGGUCGACGGGAGAUCAAGGCAAUCUGGAGGAACAUGUGGGAUACCAACGAACAGAAGAGACUCGGCACCAACCACAAAUUGAACUACGAGAGUGUGAUCGAGAGUGGUAGUGUCAUACCCGAAUAUCACGAUGAUACGCAGUUGUCCCACCAGUUAUCUCUACUCCUCCGCUUCCAGGAAUUCAGACGCGGUGCAGUCAGAGACUUGGAAGACACUUCCCGACUGGUCUACUUCGGUCAAGCACUCCGUCAAACAAUCUCACCCUCACAACAGUUAGACCUCACUGCGGCAUGGAGACAGAAUCUGGCUCGACUGGGAUUGGUCGUACUACGCCAUCUGAAGACUGUCCCUCAACUUAACUCCGCUACCCUCCCGAGCUCCUAUGGCAGCUAUUUAAUCGCAAUUCUUUCCUUUCUUUGUCAAAUAAUAUCUCAGGAAACCUCCGAACAGUCGCCGAUCUACUUCGAUGCCAUCUCUUCCGUUCUAGACACGGCUAGCAAUCAAUCAUGGCGAGAUCAAGCCCUUGACUUGACUAAUACAUUAUUGACAUCACCACAACCGGGAAGGCGCCAGACCUAUUCUGCUUUCGCGAGAAUCAUCCUGACCCAGCCUAUCCUGUCUACUGACUCAAGCAUGCUGAGGUCAAUUACGGAGACAGUGGAUCUCCAAAUGUUGUCAGAUGCGAUUACUGUUCAAGUUCAGAAUCUUGGAGAUCUUCAACCACGGCCUUUCACCAACGAUCAACUCUUGUGGCAGCUAGCAUACCUCGUGUGCAUAAACAAGUCCCAGAAUCGAUCAAAAUCCGUGCAAGGGUCUUAUAUCGGAGCACUUUCUGCUCUCCUGGCGUCUUGUGCUCCUGACAUCGCAACUCGCUUAGACCUGGUCGAUUCGCCCAUGUUCGGCGAUGCUACCCCGCCUACCGAACCACUACCUCCAUUUAUUCGUGAAAUGCUUCUCAAGAUCCCUCAACAAGACUACGUUCGAAGGACAUUAGAGGCAAUGGGCGACAGCCUCAAUACAGGCGGUGGUAGCUUGGGCUCGGACUUUGAUGCUGCUAAACGACUCGCAAAUUAUGCACUGGGCUUGCUGAAUGCCUUUCCUUCCAAAGCACAGAACACUCGCAUGCUAUUGCAUCAGGGUACGUUUGCCUUUAUUGGCGGUGCCAAUAUGUCCAUUACCCAGUAUUUCUGGGCUACUACGCGAAAGACUGGCGUUUUCAGGAAGAUUGUUCAGAAUCAUCGAACUGUGCUAUCAUUGCUGCGCGAAGCGGCACCGGAGCACAAUCAAAUUGGCCAAGCUCCCCUCUCACAAUCAGAAAUCGCUCACUGGCAAGAUGAAUGGAAGAUCACCAUAUUAUUCUUCGAGCUGUACGGUUUUAUCCUGAGACUCAUGGAUGAUAGUGAGUUCUUUUCCCUGGCCAAAUCUCCAUUGGUUGGCACGACUGCCAAUUCUUCCACUUCGGUGAUAUCGAGAAAGGGUGCUCUCCCCUUGGAAGAUGUGGCCGUGAUGACUACCUUUCUCAAGAAUCUAGCAUUUUCUCUGUAUUGGUAUGCUGCUGACUUGGCUGAGACCAAUGAGGGCGAUGAUGAGGCUGAUCUAUCUGUUCUAUUUGGAAUGUCUUCCCAGCCACCCGUCAAAACGACCCAAAAGAUACAGCAAACUUUGACUGGCAAUGGUCUCUCACAAGCAUACCUCAAAGGACUCGUGACUGGUCUUCUACGUCAAUUGCAUGAAAUCGAUUCGAGACAACCUUUUGUUCCAGCUGAUCACUGGUUGAUGACGGAUCAAGUCAACAUGACUGGGUUCAUUCCCGCAGUUGUGGCAGAAGAAGAGAAACGGCACGAACUUGUUGGUGAUGAUGAGCAGGAAGAAGAGCAAGAUUUUGCCGAUGUUGACUCUGACGGGGCUGACGCGUCGAUGGGGUCGGGUGCGUCAGGGGCAUUGUUGAGUACUAUGUUUGGUAUUCGUCAACCUCAUGUGCCACGAAGUCGAGCCUCACGACAGGCUGAUUUACUGGAGCGCCAACGACUCCAGGCAAGACGCAAACGGCAGAUUGAGUCUGUCGCACCACGUUUGGAGAUACUCCGCAACUUACCAUUCUUCAUACCCUUUGAAACGAGAGUUCAGAUCUUUCGUGAGUUUAUUUUCCGAGAUCAAAUCCGACGACGAGACGGGGCGGUCGAUCCAGAUACGUGGCGAAUGUCUGUUGCCGCCAACUCACAAGGGCGGGAUAUUGAUGGCAGACGCCGGGGACUAGAUAUCCUCAGUCGCCAUCAUGCGCAAAUUCAUCGAGAGAGUGUCUUCGAGGACGCCUACGAGGCAUUCUAUCCCCUUGGAGAGGCUCUCAAAGAGCCUAUACAAAUUACGUUUAUCGACCAGUUUGGUGCACAAGAAGCUGGAAUCGACGGCGGAGGUGUCACCAAAGAAUUUCUCAUGAGUGUUACAAGCGAAGCAUUUGACCCGGACACUAGUUUAAGCAUGUUCAAAGAAAACAGCCAGCGGUUUCUGUUCCCCAAUCCCUUGAUAUAUGAGGAAUCUUCGAGACAUCUGAAGAAAUUGGGCAGGAAACCCCACACAGAAGGCUAUACUCGUCCGAUGAAUGAAUUUCUUCGCCGUUUCCAGUUUUUGGGUCGGGUUGUGGGCAAAUGCCUGUACGAAGGCAUUCUCAUCGAUGUCAGUUUUGCAGGCUUCUUCCUACUCAAGUGGGCUUUGACUGGAGGAUCUACGGUCGGGUCCACUGAAACUGCAUACCGUCCCACUAUCAAUGAUGUUCGAGAAUAUGACGAAGAGCUCUAUCAAGGUCUUCUAAAGCUCAAAAACUACCCUGGUGAUGUGGAGAGUGAUUUCGGACUGGACUUUACCGUCACAGAUACGUUUAAUGUCAUGGAUGUCGACGGACAAGAAGCCCUGGAGACGGUGACCACUGAGCUCAAGCCCAAGGGUGCCAACUUUCCAGUGACUAACAUCAGUCGGUUUGACUAUAUCAACCGCAUUGUUAGGAGGAAACUGCUUGAACAGCCAAAAGUGGUUACCGACGCGUUUCUCUCGGGUCUUGGACAAAUCAUUCAACCAUCAUGGCUUGCGAUGUUUAAUCAGAAAGAGUUACAAAAGCUUGUAGGAGGCGACAGUUCCGAGCUUGAUAUUGCAGACCUCCGCCGAAACACACAGUACGGCGGACUCUACCAGAUUGGGGACGAUGGAUUGGAGCAUCCAACCGUGCAACUUUUCUGGAAAGCAUUACAGGAGAUGGACAAUGCAGACAGGAGAAAGGUGCUAAAAUUUGUGACGAGCACGCCACGGGCGCCACUCCUGGGAUUCAGCCAUCUUAACCCCAAGUUCAGUAUUCGUGAUUCGAGUGAGGAUCAGGCAAGACUUCCUAGCACAAGCACUUGUGUCAACCUCUUGAAACUACCCCGAUAUGGAGACAUCAAGACGAUGAAGGACAAGCUGCUGUAUGCGGUUAACUCUGGAGCAGGGUUUGAUCUGUCAUAA